AUGCUGCACGCCGAGCCGCCGCUCCUCGACGAUGCACCGCCCACGCAGCGCCGCCGGAAGAUUGCCAUGAUGGCUGCCGCGGCGCUUGUGCUCCUUGGCACCGUCGUGGCCAUUCUCGUGUGGCAGUUCGGAGGCACGUUCAGCGACAGCGCGCUGGGGACGGGCAAAGAUAAAAGUACGUCGCCUGCAACGAUCGCGCCGACGCCGACGCGUCAAGUCUAUUCGAUCGGCAAGAUCCAAGACGGCAGCGUGUGGGCGCCGGGCGAGGACCGCAACCCGCUGUCGUAUGGGAACCAAGGCUGCCAGCUCCCCAACUAUGUCUCCAAGCAAGGACAAAUCUUUGUCGUUGGGCCCGACAAGUCGGAAACACCGAUCUCGAUCAAGGGCAUCAACUGGUUUGGUAUGGAAACCAUCAACAACAUCCCGUUUGGCCUCUGGACCAACGACCAAAACGGCACGACUCUGUACGAGAUCACGGCCUUUCUGAGCCGGAACCGAUUCAAUAGCGUGCGCCUGCCGCUCAGCGUGCAGAGCUUGCUGCGUAACACGCCGCCCACCGCUGCGAUGGUCCACCAAGACGCGAACGCCGCGCUCAACCUCACAAGCUACGUCUCGACGAUCGGGAGCAUCGUCCAGGCACUCGGGUCGCGCGGCAUCUCGGUCCUCCUGGAUAUGCACAACUUGAACGCAACCGAGAAGGGCGAUGCAUGGUAUGGCAACUCGACGACAUCCGAUGAAUUUCUCCGCGCUAUCGACGUGCUCACGUCGUCCUUCUGCCAUGCGUCCUAUUAUAACAUUAUUGGCGUCGAUCUCAAGAAUGAACCGUACGGCACGACGUGGGGAGACAACGGCCCCAAGGACUUUCGCACGGGCGCGGCCACGAUCGCCAAUCGCAUGCUGCACGCGUGCAGCAACUGGCUCGCGUUCGUCGAGGGCAAUGCCGCCAAACACAACAUUACGGUCGCAGGCCAAACGUCCUACUUUUUCGACUGGUGGGGCGGCGGUCUCCGCGAGGCGGGCAAAUUCCCACUGCAGCUCGCGGUCGCGCAGAAGCUCGUGUACUCGCCGCACUAUUACUCGCCGUCCGUGUACCCGCAGAGUUACUUGGUCAACGGCGGCAAACGCGACGGCGACGUCCUCGUCGGCUACACAGAGUACGACGACGCGACCCUCACUGACGUUGUCAACCAGAGUGCCGACGAGAUGUUUGGGUACCUCCGCCACGUCCAGGACGGCGCGCUCGUGCUCGGCGAGUUUGGCGGCCUCUUUACUCUGGACGCCCACGAGAAGAAGACGACGCAGCGCGUGACGCAGAACGUGCUGCGAAUGCUCAAGACGCCCGGGUACGCCGGCGGCUACAUGUGGUCGCUCAACCCCGAGAGUGGGUACGAGUACAACCCGAGCUCGGUCCAAGGCUCGUGGACCGAAGGGCUUCUCGAGAAGGACUGGGUGCAUGUCAACAUGCAGUACCUUCACGCCCUCAAGAUCAUGGACGAAAUGCCGCAUGUCCAGCCAUUCCCGUGCCUCAAGUAA